GCUACCAUUUGAGCUAAAUUUUUCUUGGGAUAUGUUUACAUAAAACUCAUUCUUUAGCGAUAGAGUUAUCUAUGGCGAUAGACAAAGUGGUUUAAUUCGAAAUGUUUGUGGCAUUAAGCUGUUGAUAAUAGUUUUAUACACUUUUCUUCACCAUGAAGCACUACAAAUUGAAUACACAUCAAAAGUCCUACAGUGAUGCUGAUUUACUGAUUAAUCAAAAAGAGCAUCUUGAUACAAAAUUGGGCGACGUUGUUGAGGUCUAUGAUCGCGAAGAUGAAAAUACUCGACUGCUUCUGCAAAUUACGAAAUUCAAUGAUCUUCGUCGUGAUGAAAUUAGUAUUGAGGCAGGCAUAGCUACGCAGUUCAAUUUAAAAAAGUUUGCUUAUGUUUUUAUGCGUCGCAUAAAUGCAAAUGAUGUAGCGCUUGAUUCGAUUGAGAUAACAUUUAAAGAUCAAUACAUGGGUAGAUCAGAAAUGUGGCGCCUCAAAACGUAUUUAACAAAUACCUGCGUUUACAUCAAUAAAAAAAUCGAAAAUGUUGAAAUGCAAAUACGUUGCCAGGUUUAUGAAAUGUGGGCUCAGGGUGAACGUGUAUCCUGUGGUGUUAUAACGGAAGACACGAAAAUUGUAUUUCGUAGUAGCACUUCAAUGGUAUAUUUGUUUUUGCAAAUGUCAUCCGAAAUGUGGGAUUUCGAUAUACACGGUGACUUGUAUUUUGAAAAAGCUGUUAACGGAUUUCUUACCGAACUCUUUCACAAAUGGAAGAAGUUAGGUUGCAACCACGAAGUAACUAUAGUACUGUUCUCCCGCACAUUUUAUGCAGCAAAAUCACUUGACGAGUUUCCUGAACACAUGCGCGAUUGUCUUCAGUUGGAUUACAAGGGUCGUUUUUACGAAGAUUUUUAUCGUGUUGCUAUACAAAAUGAGCGCAAUGAAGACUGGUGUACCGUGCUGACACAGCUUCGCAAACUUUUUACUUCGUACGAAUCAACCGUAUUGCGUUAUCAUGAGCGAGAUGGUGUACGUAUUCCUAACGCUACAAAUUCCACAGCAGCACAAGGCAACUUCCUGGAGGUGUUGAAUAUUUCAUUAAAUACUUUCGAAAAGCAUUAUUUGGAUCGUACAUUCGAUCGAACUGGUCAGCUGUCUGUAGUGAUCACCCCUGGCGUUGGAGUAUUUGAAGUGGAUCGAGAAUUGACAAAUAUUACUAAGCAGCGGAUAAUUGAUAAUGGUGUUGGCAGUGACUUAGUGUGUGUGGGCGAGCAACCUUUACAUGCUGUUCCGCUUCUUAAAUUUCACAAUAAAGAUACUUCGUUAACAUCAGCUGAUGACUAUUCACUUCCUCAUUGGAUUAAUCUGAGUUUUUACUCCACUAAUAAAAAAGUGGCAUACUCAAAUUUCAUACCGCGCAUAAAGUUACCACCAAUCGUUGCAAAUAUUUCUUUAAAUGCACAGGACAGAGAAAAUGAAAAGUACUUUUUGAGUUGCAAUCAAUCAGAGUAUAUACAUAAUUCCUUGUUUGACUACGAUGCUUAUGAUGAGCAAAUAUUUCAACCUCCGCCAGCGCAAGGUACUUGUUCUUUGCAACGGGUGAUACGGGCCAAGAAGACCUCUGUGCCCAGCUUGGAAACGUCUGUGUACCGAAACUGUGACUGGGAAAAUUUAACACCAACAAAGAUUCCGAAUUUGCGGCGCAAAAUGUCUGACCCUGAUAUUUACCAUGGCACAUCGGGAAUGUUGGCUACAUUGACUGAUUCGUUAAACUUAUCGGAAUCAUUAGCAUCCGAUAAGAACGCACGACGUUCGAUCGUUUCUAUUGCUCCUAUCGUUCGACCUGGACGGGCGCUAAUUAAUCCGUUUGAUCCGUCGCAUGUUACAAUAAAACUAACUUCAAAUCGACGCCGUUGGACACACAUAUUUCCAAAAGGCCCGACCGGAGUUUUGAUACAGCAGCACCAUUACCAAGCCGUUCCUGCCAAACCACACAAUAUAAACUAUAGCAAUUUUAUUAGUACCGACAAUGAGUACGCUUCGGGAUUUAGCACAUUUGAUUAUGAUCACACAUCGACAUGUUCUUCACUGAAUAAGUCAAUUUUAUCAAGUAAUGAUAUUGACAAAAUUGACGUUUUCAAAAAGCGUAAUAAUUCCCUUUUGAAUAAUAGUCCCCUUAAUAGUACAACCGGAGCAGCAGUACCCACAAAAAGCUUCCUGUGGGGUGCUACGGGUGAACAAGAAUGGACGCCUGCCAUAACCACAGAGAAUGCAAAAAAGGGAAAACACUUAAAUCCUAUAGUUGAAACCGAAGCUCCAUUUGAUAGUGAGUGCGCGAAUGCAGAUGGCAGAGGAAAAAUAAUAAUAGGUGUGGAUUGGAAAUCGCUAACCAUACCGGCUUGUUUGCCGAUCACAACAGAUUAUUUCCCAGAUAAACGUUCUCUGCACAAUGAUUACGUCAUAUCUGAUUACACAUUACUUCCUGAUGAUGUAAAUUUUGAUUAUGCCAAUAGUCGUGCUGUAUAUCGUAAGCCUCUGUCAACGGAGGAGGUUUUUCGUGAGAUUGUGUCACAACGAUUGGCGCAAGGGUUUCAGUUGAUCGUGCUCGAGGAGAAGAAUGCCCAACCGGCACAGGCGCCCUGUUGUGGUGGCUACAAACAGCAAAAGCCGUCUGCGGUUUUGGGCAUUAAAGCGCCAACUGAAGUGAUGAAGGAGUAUUUACUCUCUAUCGGUCGAAUAUUUCAUCGAAUAACUUUAAGUGGAUCUGUGAUAACUGUUACGGGAUAUCGACCUAGACAUCCCUACCCACCCAUUAAUGUCGACUACAGGUAUCGUUUUCAUGCUCCUCAACACGAAACGUAUGAAAUAUCAGGUGUUAAUUUUACAACCGAAAAAUUAGAGAAUUUCAAUUGGAACUAUAUGGAUCAUUAUAUUUGUACGCGUGGAGAUAGAGAUUAUUCAUUGAUGGAGAGUCUAAAAUAUUGGCGUUAUCGAAUGUAUUUGAUGCCCACCGAUAAUUUGGCGAUGAAAAAAAUCAUAGAAUAUGGUAGUCAACGUUGUGAUAUUUAUACAGAUUUAGCAGUGGACAAUACAAAGAAACAAGUGGAAGAUUUUAUGCGCCUAAUGGAAGUGCAUAUAAACAAAGUGAAACGCCAGCGAGUACAUGAUAGCCCCACUGCACAAAGUCAUUUAACACGACGGCGUCACAGUACCAGCAUUAUUUCCAGAACUCAACCCAAUCAGGGACUGAUGAAUUCGCCUUUUCGUGAACGUGUUGGCAGCAAUCGUCUACCGGAGAAACGACCAAGCUUUGUUUCGAAACCGGUGAUGAAAGUCGAUCGUGGUCGCAUAUCACCGGCAGCGGAUGCGGCUGCAAUCGCAUUAAAUACCGAUUUAAGCAACAGGGAUGAUCAUGAUGAUGGUUUUGCAACGGAAAUAAAAUUACGACCGAAUUCCAAUUUGACGGAGAUACUUGAGGCGAUGAAACAUCCUCUAACCGGAGUAGGCUUUUUCACUCUGACACCUAGUCUACCAUCCAACACAUUUGUUUCAUACGAAGCUUUGCUUUGGCUGAAGUCACGCCUGGACAACAGCAGACAUCCGUUGGACAUAUUGGAAACCAUGCGAAAAGAGAAGAUGAUUUGCCAUGCUUCGGGAGACUGGGAUAAGCAAGUUAUACCUGGAUUUUACCUUUAUUAUAUAGCGCAGCAAGACAAAAGCGCAAAAGAAUAUGUUAAACCGCUUCAUGAUCUCAGUGCUUUUGAGAACGAGUGGAUGGAGAUCGAACUGCAGGGUUGUAAUCAUCUUUGGACUGAUGAAGCAAGACUGCCAAAUAUACCUACAUUUUUACGUGACAUACCCCCGUCGCAAUCUUGGACGGAUUAUAGUCAAAAUCGAAAAAUUUACCGUCAUUCUCAUUUGGAAAUCAAUGUCAAUCAAAAGAGUGACCGUAUGGAAUGGGGUCAUGUUAAAUAUCAUACUGUUAUGCAGCCCGGAAACGCUUUUGAAUUCGUUGUUGAGUGGGUCACAGCCUCUGGACCGAUUGUGUGGGAUUUGAUAUGGGGUUGGACACGUAAAGCGAAUCAUUGUAACUAUGAAUUGAUAUCAGUCCCUGCUGAUCCCAUGGCAGAACCAUUUACUGAGAAGUCUGAUCCACUGCGUGGGCCCAUUUUUAUACCGUUGUCAGACAAAUUUCUGACUGAUAGGAAUGUUAUGUUUAGUGAAUUUGCUGAGGAGAGUAGAGCUGACCGUAUGCUGCUAUUUCAAGAAGCCAUACUUGCCAGGUUCGGUUUUUUGCCAUGUGUGAUAGAAAAAAAGUUUUCCUUUAAUAAAGAUGUACCUAAGGAAUAUCAGUACGUACAUUGUUCUGGUCAUAUGUUUGUACUUAUUCGUUGUUCUAAAAACAAUUACCAAAUCGAUUCCCCAAGUCGACAAGAAGCAAAUGUUACCCGAUGUGUUUAUGGGCAUACAAAUAAUACAAACGUCCCAAAGAAGGUUGGAUUUUUGUGGGCCUGGAAUCAUAUGAUACCUAAUAAGAAAUGGAAAUCUUUAGUUAUUAAGAACUCGCCAGAUGGAGAACUUUUUCAACUAAAAAUGUUAAAAGACUUUCGCGAUUUUUGUGCGGAUUCUGAUGACCGCCUGACAAAAUUUUGGGAACAUUGCCAUGAGUUGAGGCGUAAAUCGUUAAAAAUUGAAAACACUAGUAACAAUAACAAUAUUGAAGGAAAACCUAAAUAGUUUUAAGAUGUAGUGUGUAUUUUAUGUUUUUCAUAUUUUUAUAUCCAACGUACUAAUAGAAGACUAGGGUAUAUAAUAGAACUUCUGAUUUUGUUUACACAUUUUCGAAUAGCCCGUGCAAUUAAGCAACGAGUACUCGUAUACCUUUUUCGAGCAAUAUUUUGAUUAUAUCGACUUUUUUUUAGCACUUGACUCGCACUGCUCGAUACCCAGGUAUCUGGAGUUCUGGUAUAUAAUCAAACACCACAACACAAAAAAUAUGACCAUUUAGUAGUGUCAAAUAUUUGUUCUUAUUGGAUAUUGUUUAAUUUGUAAAAUUUCAAAAAGAUGCGUAUUCGCUUGGUGCAAAAAAGGUCGGAAAAAUGUAAUAGGAGUGCAUAUUUUAUGUGAUUUAUUGGUUUUAUGAAUUGGGCUCUCAAUACUAAUAUUGAUUACUUUACCAGUUUAUAUAAAACGUAAUUUAUGUAAGUAUGUGUGUACUAAAUUCAACUUACUUUAAUAAAUGUGUUGUGUUUGGUCCCAUCUAAUCACUAUAAAGAAUGUGAUAUUUCUAUGAAGUGCGUUGGGUACACAAAGUUCAGCAAAUUCGAAUUUAAUUAUGCUUGCGGGAUUUAGCAACAUUUUUAUUUCAAACUAGUUCGCCCCGAGAGGUGAACAAUAUUUUAUAAAAUUCUGAAAAUAUAAGAAUUACUUUACCGAAUACUUUUUUAUUUACAUAGUUGUAAACAGCUGUCAAAGCAAACCUCAAAACUUCAGCCUGAGCUCUAAUGUUAAAUAAAAAGCUAUUCUUCUUCAAACUAGGUAAAUCUAAUAAAUCUGAAUAUAGUAUUAGACACUUCUAUAGUUGUUACUUGUGUAUGUGGCGUAAACUUUUGUACUAUUGUGAUACCGAUAAUGAAAA